GGCACGCCAGGCAGCAGCAGCAACGAAAGAGAGUGAGUGAGAGAGAGAGAGAGAAAGAGAGAUAAAGAGGGAAAAGGGUGAGCAGCGAGCUGUGAGAGAGAAGAGACUGGUCCGUAUCGUGUGUCUCUCGCACUCUCUCAAGGCGAACACUUCGUUACUUUAGUCUGUGUUUCGCUGCCAAAAAGUGAACUUGGUAUCUCUUCUUGCUAGAGCGCGUGUGUGUUAUAUAUGUGCGAUCUCGAAAACUUAUAAAUAAUUAUUGUUAAUUUUAUUUCGCGAAACAAGUGUAUAUACGGAGUGCGUGUGUGAAUGUAAGAAAACAAAAGCCGUCCAUUCAAUGACCACGAGGCCAAGGUGUCGAAGAUAGUUUUCUGUUUUUAUUACUUUUUUCGCCAGUGUUUUUGUGCGUGCACGCCGCAGCGGUUCUAUAUAGUGCAGUGCGUGCGUAUUUAUCGAAGACGCCAGUGGUGUCUACGAGAGAGAGAGAGAUAGAUAGAGUGAAAGUAAAGCGCCGGUUUCAGAUCCACUGUGAACCCAGCAGUUUGACAGUGACUUCGAGAAACUGAACGACACAAGAAGCUUUCAAGAAUGUUGAGGCCUUGCUUGGCUAGUCCAGUUGCUUCCCAUGAGGAAUGAUAGGAUGCAAGAGGGCAGCACCGCGGUGGCGUUAGCCAUGGUGACCCCGGGUUACGAUCAGGACCCUGCAACGGGGGUCGCCGAUUACGCCAGCCAUCAAGAUCAAGCGCAAUUCGAAGCCGACAAGCGCGCCGUUUACAAGCACCCCCUCUUCCCCCUGCUCGCCUUGCUGUUCGAGAGAUGCGAGCAAGCCACGCAGUCGUCCGACAAUUCUACCUCCGAGUCGUUCAAUAUGGACAUACAGGCUUUCGUGCAGCACCAAGAGAGAGAUCGCAAGCCUUUCCUCAUCAAUGACCCCGAGAUCGACGGUCUGAUGAUCAAAGCCAUCCAGGUGUUGCGGAUUCACCUGCUGGAGCUGGAGAAAGUACAAGAGCUGUGCAAAGACUUCUGCAAUCGUUACAUCACGUGUUUAAAGGGCAAAAUGCAAAGCGAGAAUUUAUUACGCAGCGAUUAUGGUCAUCACGGUCACGAUGGACUCGCGCCGUCGAGUGGCAGCAAUGGCAGCAGUCCACUGCAGGUGCUGUCAUCUACAGGCAAUGAUGUUGAGUCGGGAGCUAACGGACUCCGAGUGAGCGACGAAUCAUCGUUAUCCCAUCACCCGAGGCCCUCGGAUCCACUGGCCUUCGAGUCGCACCAACAGCAGCAGCAUCAGCAGCAGCUGCUGCGACCGUCGUCGGGUUCCAGAUCAUCGUCUUCCAUUGACGCUCGGCAUCAUCGCUCGCCGUCCGAUCUUGAUGAUCAUCGGUCUGUCAGUCCAGCUGUUCAUGGAGGCACGCCACUUUCGCAGAUUGGAGCACAUCCGGCGCCCGUUAACGACAUGUAUCUUGGACAAGACAUCACUGUUGCAGGCUCCCCUUCGUCUAUGCAGAGCGAAGAUGACGAGGAUGCUUAUAGCGUCGCUGCUGGGGUUGGCGUCGGCGCGCUUUCAGCCCGCAAGCCAAAGCCCAAGCGAGGCGUCCUUCCCAAACACGCUACCAAUAUUAUGCGCGCUUGGCUCUUUCAGCAUUUAGUGCAUCCAUACCCAACGGAGGAUGAGAAGCGCACCAUAGCCAGCGAGACGAAUCUAACGUUGUUGCAGGUGAAUAAUUGGUUUAUAAACGCGCGUCGACGCAUACUGCAGCCAAUGCUUGACGGUGCCAAUACGACCGAUAUUGGGGCCAUACCGGUGGCCACAACCGCGCCAACGCCACCACCACAAAUACGUAAUUUCAGCGGAAAAAGUCGACCCAAGUCCAAGACCAAUUCUAAGAAUUUGCAGCAGGGUGAUUGGCAAUCCGAAGACUCCGGUAGUGAAUACAAUGGCUCGAGCGAUGGAGAGGGUGCUUAUACCGGUCUCGACGGUAUCGAACAACACAGCCGUGAUGACUACGAAGACAGUGAGGAUGGUGGCAUCGAUAUCGAUGAAACGAAGCCUUUCGUCCACUGACCACGACGAACAAUCAUUUCCCUGUAUUCAUCUCAACUCUUCUCCUCAUCGUCCAUCAUCCUGUUCAGUAUUAAGGUAUCCGAGGCUAGUUUUCGCUUUAACUGUCACAUAAGUAAAAGCCGUACUCACAAAACUCAUAAUGAUGAUCAGAGAUCUUUCAAAAGAACCUCCAGUGUGCGUUUAAACUCUAGGCUAUUACUCGGCCAACAGAGUUCUAUAGAUUUUUCCAAGUAUACUUCUUCUAAUUGAAUACGAACCUCGUGCAUGGCAGUACGUUUGUUGCAUACAUUGAAAAUUUAUUUCAUUCGUUGAAGUGUUUUUUUUCCUAUUAUUUUGCAACAAUACUGGUUUGCGGUGGUAAGGCAAGCAUUUUACUAAUAAAUGAAAUCAAUGUACUUGUUAUUUUUUACUUUGUUUAAAUGAACGUGCUGCCAAAAAUUUAGAAAUUCUUCAUUAACUAAGAUGUAAGAUGUAACAGCAAAAAGCGCCUUGUACUAUGAAAAUAAUAAAAAAGAAGAUACUAGUAACAACUACGCUUUAAAAAUUGCUGAUAUACUCGAUCUUCGAAUAAAAUACUGUUAUACCUUCGUUCGACUGUGUUCAACAUACAUCGAGGUGUAUUUUUCUUCCUCGACGACUUGUACAGUUAUUUGCAUUUUCGCCAUCAUUACGCUCUCGAUAUUAUUGUAUGCGUAAUAGUCACACGUUUAAGUAUGCAGAUUUAUCUUUGUUUCUAUAUCUAAAAAAGUUAUACAAUAGUCUUUCGAUAAACAAUAUAUAUUUCUUCCAGAAUAAUUUUUUCUAAAAAUAGUAAAUCACUCUGUUUCUACUAUUGUGAGUUACAUUUUUCUCACAAGUUGCACAUUAUUUUUCUUGUGCAUCGUGGAUUGAAGAUGAGUCUAAUGGAUCUCAAUUGAACUUGAUAUAACGAUACAUAACCUAAAGGAGAGUUUAUUUUUUGUCUCGCUAUAGAUCUAAAGAAAAAGAUACUUCUAAAUGUAGUCUCACUUCCGCUUCAGAUAAUAUGACAGACCUCAAUUUUACAUACACACAUACAAGUUCCUAAAAGUCUCUUCAUUUUACAGUCAAGUACAAGCUUAUCAACUUGUAGAGUAUAUGUGCAUGACUUUUUUGACUACGCAGUAUGUAGUUGUACAAAAUUGUAUACAAAUAAUUUAAGACAGCUAUACUAUGCAAUUAUUCUUUUUAUGAUUCACAUUGUAAAUGGUAUAUACAUAUACCUCGUACCCUAGUUUUCGGUUACGUAUACCUCAUUAAGAUUUUUACCCACUGUCAAACCAUCAAUCAAACACCAAAUAACUAAGAGAAAUAGAUGAUGCCAUACAGUAAUAAUUAUAUCACCCUGAUUGUGCCAUUUGAAUAUUGAGGAAUGUCUCUCUUCUUUGACGAUACUCAUAACAAAAAAAGUGCUAUCCCUCCAAGAUACAGUAACAUGACGCAAGUGGAAUAAAACAAAUUAUGUAUGGUUCAAUGUAUAAAUAAAAAAAGAAAUCAAUUUGUCUACGUGUAAGUGACUUACUUUUGUUUCUGAUGUUCAAAUUUCAACCGUGUGUAUCGUAAACUCUCUCGCUCGAGAAUUCCUCGACUACUUAUACGUAAUUAGAGCGAUAAGGUGUAUAUGUACUUAUGAUUUUAUGUAGACCUAACUAGACUUCGCAGCUUGUACAUGAUUAUAUAGAAAAGAGAGAGAGGGAGAGAGCGGGCAAGCAUUGAUAAUCAUACAUAAUUUUGUGGCGCUAAGAAUUAUAAACGACAGAAGAAAGAAAAUUAAGGAUUCAAAAAAUGUCAAAGUAUCGGUAUAUAUUAUAUUGAUAAAACGGCUACUCAAAAUUUAUUGAAGUAUAUAUACAUAUUAAUGAUUAUAUUUUUAAACUCUAAGUGUCGUCUUUUGUGCCGUGUGCCCGGAAGCUAUAACGUCGUUAAUGCGGAAAAUUUUCAAAAAAUAAAUCAAGUGUAUUUCUUCUGGCUUCUUCGGUGCAUUGCUGUAAAUAUUAUACAUUCAAUAUUGUCACUAUUAACUCGCGGUAUUGAGGAAGAUAAAUAAAAAGAACUUUUAACUUUGAAUAUUUACGUCGAACGAGAAACAAAUAAAAAUGUAUCCAUUAUCUAUUAAGGAAAAAAGGUCACGUUAUAAAAUUCAAAUAUGAAAUGACAGAACCUGCUGAACUCACAUUUUUUAUACGAAAGAUAUAUUCAUACGAUUUUUUAAGUUACGUUAUGUUUUGGCUUUGUUUAAAUUUAUGAACUAUAUUUUUUGACUAUGCUAUUAUCUGAUUUUAUAUUUAUAUUACGGAUUGCGUACUAAUUUGUACUAUUCUUGAAUAGAUUUAUACAAUUGAUUUGCUGAAUAUAAAGAUUUGAUUGAAAAAUGAAGCUAAAGAGAAAAAAAUCGAUCAACGAUAAAAACGGAUUUGUUCCUCUUUUACAUAGUAAUAAAUAGAGUAAAGUGAACUAAAUGAUACUUAUUGCAACCAAUUCCCUUUUGUACAGUUCAAAGAUAAAGAUUGACAAGAAAGAAACAGUCGUCUACCUUAUUUCUUAAACUAUGUACUUGAAGCGAUAAAAGUCAUGAAAUAAAAUAAAAAUCAGUCGAUAUCCCAUCGACGAACAGCAAUAAGCAAGUGGAAAAAUAGCGUGUAAGGAAAAGGUUUAAAAAAAUUGAAUAAAUAAACGAAAUAAGAAAUCGUUGUGCGUAGCAAAGCUCUCAUAUACGACUGGAAUAAGUGACGAACGAAGAAAAGGAAACUUUAGUUGAUAAGGUCUAAACGGUAGAAUUGUAAGAGGUAGGUUUUAAGGCUGAACCACGUAUACGUAUGUGCUGCGGCACCAGGCGACUGUGAUAAACUCGGUGGGCGGUGCCCAGCCUCCUACUUCAUAAUAAUAAUUGUAUACUUAAAACGAUAAAAAAAUAUGAAACAAAAUGUAAAAGAAGUGACAAACAAAAAAAUUAAUUUGACGCAAAACAUUUGCCGCUACAUAAUUCUUAGUGUGAGGGUUUAGAAUUAGAUGAUCAAAAGAAUAAUGUUCUGAG